AUGAGUGAAAAGGUUGCUUCUCGCCCUUCCGGGCCUGAGAUCAAUGAAACGCUCUCCAAGCCAGCCCAUUCUCUUCCUUACAAAAUCGUUUUACAAGAGCUGGGCAGUCAGAUCGAUGAAGGUCUCGGCAAUGAUGAAGCAGCACGUCGCUUGCAGCAAUACGGCCCCAAUAAGCUGGAAGAUGGCAAGGGUAUUUCGGUUCUUAAAAUUCUCGUUGGACAGGUCGCCAAUGCGAUGAUGCUAGUCCUCAUCCUGGCAAUGGCCGUCAGUUUCGGCAUUCAGUCAUGGAUUGAGGGCGGAUUUAUCUGUGCUGUGAUCGUGCUCAAUAUUGUUGUUGGUUUCUUCCAGGAAUAUGCUGCGGAGAAGACUAUGGAGUCUCUCCAUUCUCUGAGUUCUCCAACUGGCGUCGUGUCCCGCAAUGGUCAGACAUUUUCGGUGCCUUCAUUGGAGAUCGUGCCUGGCGACAUGGUAGAGCUGAAGACUGGCGAUACCGUCCCUGCAGACCUGAGACUGGUUGAAGCAGUCAACUUUGAAACCGAUGAGGCCCUUCUCACCGGUGAAUCUCUGCCGGUUCAAAAGGAGGUCGACUCUAUCUUCAAGGAGGAUACUGGUCCCGGAGACCGCCUCAAUAUCGCAUACAGCUCCAGCACAGUCACCCGUGGUCGCGCUCGCGGCAUAGUUUUUCGCACCGGUAUGGGCACUGAAAUUGGCUCAAUCGCUGCAGCUCUUCGCGAAAGUAAUUCGAACGUUCGUCAGGUCAAACGCGGCCCCGAUGGCGAGACUAAGAAGCGCUGGUAUCUACAGGCAUGGACACUCACUGGCACUGACGCCGUUGGAAGAUUCCUAGGCGUGAACGUCGGGACUUCAUUGCAACGCAAGCUGUCUAAGCUGGCUAUUAUUCUCUUCGGCGUCGCAGUUCUGUUUGCUAUCAUUGUGAUGAGUGCCAACCUUUGGAGUUCCCAGAGUGAGGUCAUUCUCUAUGCUGUUGGAACCGGGCUGAGUAUGAUUCCCGCCUGUCUGGUUGUCGUGUUGACUAUUACCAUGGCUGUUGGAAGCAAGCGUAUGGCUGAGAGACAUGUUAUUGUUCGCAAGCUUGACUCUCUCGAGGCCCUUGGCUCUGUGACCAACAUUUGCUCUGACAAAACCGGCACAUUGACUCAGGGAAAGAUGGUCGUACGCAAGUCGUGGGUGCCUGCUCUUGGAACAUACUCUGUUGAAUCUUCCGACGAGCCUUUCAAUCCAACCUUGGGAAAUAUGACAUUCAGCUCUGCGGCUCCUGAAAACCACGAUACGGAAAAGGAUGAAGGCUCUUUCGCUUGUCUUGAUCUCUUGUGUCCUGAGCUUGAAGAUUUCCUCAACGUCGCUUCAAUGGCGAACUUGGCACACGUUUAUCUGUCAGAAGAAAACGAAUGGCAUGCCCGCGGUGAACCCACCGAGAUUGCGAUCGAGGUCUUCGCUUCGCGCUUUAACUGGAACCGUGAUCGCUGGACUAAGGGCUCCAAUAUUACCUGGCACCAAAAGGCCGAGUUUCCUUUUGAUUCCACCGUCAAGAAGAUGUCUGUCCUCUAUAGUACUCUUACAAAUGAUGAAGAGAAAACCAUGGUUUUCAGCAAAGGGGCCGUUGAACGUAUCCUUGAUGCUUCAACUACCAUCGUUUGGGAUAAGGGCUCAACUCCGAUUACUUUGACAGAUGACCACCGUCAGACUAUUCUUCGCAAUAUGGACGAAUUAGCUUGCCUGGGUCUUCGAGUCCUUGCCUUUGCUCAGAGAUCAUUCGAUCCAUCCACUCGUGUGUUGGAAGGCAUGGAUUACCAACGGGAUGAAGUAGAGAAGAACCUCCAGUUCCUCGGGUUGGUAGGAAUCUACGACCCCCCUCGAACUGAAACGGCUGGUGCUGUUGCUGCUUGCUAUCGUGCUGGCAUUUCGGUGCACAUGGUCACUGGAGAUCACCCUGCAACAGCAAAAGCCAUUGCCAAGCUGGUUGGUAUAAUUCCGUCCAACUUGAGCGAGGUCUCAGUCGAAGUUGAGAAAGCCAUGGUACUCACCGCAAGCGAAUUUGAUAAAAUGACUGAUGAAGAGGUUGAUGCAUUGCCUAUCCUCCCCCGGGUCAUCGCGCGCUGUGCUCCACAGACUAAGGUCCGUAUGAUUGAUGCGCUUCAUAGAAGAGGUGCUUCGGUUGCCAUGACCGGCGAUGGAGUGAACGAUUCUCCUUCUCUGAAACACUCAGAUGUUGGAAUUGCUAUGGGAAAGGCAGGCUCCGAUGUGGCUAAGGACGUCUCUGAUAUUAUCCUCACAGAUGAUAAUUUUGCUUCAAUUCUGAAUGCUGUUGAAGAAGGUCGCCGAAUCUUUGAUAACAUUCAAAAGUUUGUACUUCACUUGCUGUCAGAGAAUAUCGCCCAGGCUUGUACCCUUUUGAUCGGACUUGCCUUCAAAGAUCUUGAUGGCCAGUCAGUUUUCCCUUUGUCACCAGUUGAAAUCAUCUGGGUCAUUAUGAUUACUUCCGGCAUGCCUGAUAUGGGACUUGGUAUGGAAGUGGCGGCUCCUGAUAUCAUGGAUCGUCCGCCUCAAUCGAAACAAGGCAUCUUCACAUCGGAAAUCGUGAUCGAUAUUCUCGUGUAUGGUCUAUGGACCUCCGCGCUAUGUCUUUCGUCCUUCUCUCUAGUGAUGUGGGGAUUCGGCGACGGCAACCUCGGACGGGGUUGUAAUCGCGAGUAUUCCGAUGAGUGUGAGCUGGUCUUCAAGGCACGCGCUACUACAUUUGUUUGCUUGACUUGGUUCGCUCUAUUCUUGGCCUGGGAAAUGGUCAACAUGCGCCGAUCCUUUUUCCGCAUGCAGCCCAGGUCCAAAAAGUAUUUCACGCAGUGGGCAUAUGACGUCUGGCGCAAUCAGUUCCUCUUCUGGUCGAUUCUCGCAGGCUUUAUUACUGUGGUUCCUAUCCUUUAUAUUCCGGUCAUUAACCAUGUGGUGUUCAAGCAUACAGGAAUCACAUGGGAGUGGACCAUCGUUGUUGUUGAGACCCUUCUGUUUUUUGUCGGUGUUGAAACCUGGAAAUGGGGAAAGCGUGUCUUUUUCCGUCGUAUGGGUCGGCGGCAGCACAGAAAUGCCUUCCAACAGCAGGCAGGCUCGCAAGCCUGA